AUGUCCAGUGUGAAGAGGCGCAGGUAUUCGCCGCAGGAGCUCCUCGGCUUGCCGAUCGAAGAAGCCCUCCAGGCGGCUGCGUCGGGGCUCUUUGAUCCUCUGGAGACCACCCGUGCUACGGCCUGCGAGACAUUGACCGAGCUCCUCAGGCAUGCGGGGCCGGAUGCGGAGCUUGGAACAGUGGGACAGGAUGUGCUGCGGCACCUCCUGGCACAAGUCGCUUCCAUUUCCGGCGAGGUGCGCCUUGCCGCUAUGGAGGCGCUGCAGCACUUCCCGCGCUGGGAUACAGAGGUGUUGAACAAGGCCGUGAAGCUGCCAAUAUUUCGGAAGGUUCCAAGUUUGGAGGAGGAGAGAGCCUCUGGAUCGGGCGACAAGAGCUCCCAAACGGAUGAGAUCUGGCACGGAGCGCUCUUCUUUGCGCUUGAUGACGAAGAGCCGAUGAUCCGCACGCGAGCGCUCCACAUCAUUCGAGUUGAGAUGUGUCAACGACGAGCCUCGGAAGAGGUGCCAGAAUUUAAAGGCUUCUUUCAGCGCCUCGCGGCUGUCGCGGCGCUGUGCCUGCAAGACGCCAGCGACAUGGUGCGUCAAGAGGCCACUGCCCUCCUGAUGGAGAUCAUGUCAGUGAGAUCGGUGGGCCUAGCAAGGCAACUAGUCGACAAGGCCAGCGCCCCGCUUUUGACGCAUGUUCUGCAAGCCUUUCCACGGGAUCCAGGAGCAGUAUUGGGUGUCUUGGAGAAGGCCCGCUUCGCUGACCUCCACGCGCUCUACGACGCGGUCCUUUGGAUUUUGAAUGUGGAGCUACCGCAGGGGCUGGACUCUCUUGACUUGGAGCCCGUGGCCUUUCGCUUGGCCGAGGAGCUGGAGCGGCUGGAGGCCAUGCCGGAGGUGUACAAAAAGGCCAAGAAGACCCUGAUGAUGGAUUCCGCCGCCCAGCCCGGUGUCAGGCUCCUUACGUCAACUGUGCUCCAUGGCUCAGACCCAAUUGCGCCUGCAGGCAUUGCAGUGGGCCUCUCCCAGGGGAGGGGAUCCACUCAGAUGGAAAGGUUGCGGGUGCUGGUGGAUCAGGUUUCGCUGAGGAGCCCCGGAGCUUCCGAACACCUGCGGGGCGACGAGGCGCUUCCGCCGAGGAUCUCGGAAUCGCCGAGUGAAUCAACGUUGACUUACUGGAUCCAGUCGCUGGAGUGGCACUGGGACGUUGUUGCCACCGGGCUGGCAGAGGCACCGCACUCCGACCGACUGCGUGUGGCCGCUUCGCGGAUGAGUCAGCUGCACCAGCACUUGUCGCUUGCCGCUGCUGAGGCUGGCUCUGACGACGACUCCGGUCCUGUGGGCUCUUAUGAGGCAUCCAGAUUCGCAGCAGCAGCAGCUUGGGCGCAAGCUUUGAAGAGCGUGGCAGAGGCGGCGCAGCGCAGCUACGAGAUGGAAGGAGUGCCACCUCGCGCCGUGAAGCUUCAUCAGGCAGUCUCCUGGCUGAUGCACGGCUUCCUUUGGCCUGUGCAGCCAUUUCCCAGGAUUCUGUUGGCGCUUCGUCUGCUGUCACUGCGGCUGCUGGCUGACUCCAGGAAGCAGACGGGCUUUGCUCUCGAGGAUCUGGAGAAGGGGGUGCAGGAGCUGGGAGGGCAAAUGCCAACCAAGGUGUUGGAAACUGCGACUUCUUCUCGGCUCCUCCAGCGACCCAUAGGAGACUUCAUGCCAGCCAUCGGCAAGGGCUUCCUCCAGACUUUGUUGACCGCGCCCGUGGAGCUGAGAACUGCUCACCUCCGCUGGACGGAGUUGGGGAGGCCGAAGCUGCGCUGGGACGGGCUUCGGCCGCUGCCGAUCUCGGUGGAGGUGGCUCACCGCUUCCCGCAGGGGCUCCUCUUGGCUGACAGCUCGAAGGUGCUGCAGAAGGUGCCCGCGUCCGGGAGCAGCAGUCCGAGGACAGAGCGAGUAGAAUGCCUCGCGCCCGGGGCGUGGUUUAGCCUCGGGCUGCUGCUCGACGUGGACGAAGCCAGCCUAGGUGCGACAGGCAUCCCCAGCAUGGCGAGCGGCUCCACUGGCGUCAAUUCGCGGAGUGGUCUUCACAGGUACGUCAACCGGAUCGCCGUGACCGAUCCCAUGGAGGUCAACCUCUUGGAGUCUACUCGUAGCUUCGGUGUUGGUUGA